AUGGGUGUGAAUGAGUUAUGGUCCAUCCUGGAACCAGUUAGGGAGUCAGUGCCUCUCUACAACCUCAGUGGCAAGACCCUGGCUGUAGAUUUGAGUCUGUGGGUCUGUGAAGCCCAAGCAGUGAAAGAGAUGGUGGGGAGAGUCCUCAAGCCUCACCUAAGAAAUUUGUUUUUCAGAGUCUUAUCUCUGACGCAAAUGGGCAUUAAGCUCAUUUUUGUAAUGGAAGGAGAAGCACCCAAAAUAAAAGCCGAGACCAUGUGCAAAAGGAAUCAGCUGAGAUUUGGGGCCUCAAAGAAGGUUGCCCCCAAAACAACAAAGACCAACAGAUCCCACUUCAAGUCUGUCCUUAAAGAGUGUGCGGAAAUGCUGGACUGUCUGGGCAUUCCGUGGGUCACUGCAGCAGGAGAGGCCGAAGCCAUGUGUGCCUACUUGGACUCUGUCGGAGUUGUUGAUGGGUGCAUCACUAAUGACGGCGAUGCCUUUCUCUAUGGAGCUCAGACAGUUUACCGAAAUUUCAACAUGAACACCAAGGAUCCCCAGGUGGAUUGCUAUCAGAUGCCCAAAGUCCGAUCGGAGCUUCACCUGGAACGAGAGACUCUUGUGGGUCUAGCAGUUCUUCUUGGUUGUGACUACCUUCCCAAGGGUGUAUCAGGUGUUGGAAAAGAACAAACUCUAAAGCUGAUAAAGACUCUACAAGGCCAAACACUUCUGCAAAAGUUCGUUCAGUGGCAGAGUGAGGGUCAGGAAAUGAAGAAACAAACUGUGAAAAAGGUCACUCACUGCCUUGUAUGUCGCCAUCCUGGCUCUGCAAAGACUCACGAGCGCAGUGGAUGCACGUUAUGUGGGAGCAAGCGGUUCUGUGAGCCCCAGGACUAUGAUUACUCCUGUCCCUGCGACUGGCAUCGGACAGAAGGAGCACAGCAGACCGGCUCGGUGGAGGCGGGCAUUAAAAGGAAAACUUUAGCAAGCGAAGGAUUCCCUUUCACAGAGAUAAUCAAUGAAUUCCUUGUAUCCAAGGACAAACCGAUUCAAAAUGUCACAAGACGAAAACCAAACCUUUUGCUGAUGCAGAACUUUGCUUUUAAAAAAAUGGAGUGGCCAAAAUCCUACACCAGUGAGAAGGUCCUAGUUCUGAUGACCUAUACAGAGAUGAUGAACAGACAAUGUGGGAGAGGAAACGCCACACAGAUACAGCCAGUACGAAUAUACAAGCCUCGUGUAAGGAAUGGAAUUGCAAGCUUUGAGGUCAUCUGGAAGAAACCUGAUCACUACGUGUAUGCAGAUGAUCAUCCGAUAGAAUGCCAAGACGUGGUCAGAACGGUGGAGGAGGAGUCGUUAUUCCGAGCUGCAUACCCAGACAUUGUGGACCUGUUCCUGAAGGAGAGGGAAGAGGCUGAGGAAAACAAGCGCAAAAAAAAGAAACAGACCAAAAGAAAGGAAAAGAAACCAGAUGACCCUGAUGGGGUUUCGGAUCUUUUUUCUCAAUUGACGAUUUGCAGUUCCUCCAUCGAAGAAGUGAGAACAUCUGCCGUUGUUGCAUCAACAAUCCCCACAGUUACUACUACUGACAACAGAAAUGCCCAGAAACCGCUGGAUUUCCCACAGUCCUCUGUUCAACACAAAGAGGACAAUGAAAAUCCCAAAGAGUUGAGGGGUCCACAGGGAAUUUGUAUCAAAGAGGUGCUGUCUCCUGUUUUCUCGUUGCAAUCUCCAGUGCCUGCACCCUCUCCCUCUGCAUCCUCCCCCUCGGUGUCGGCAGUGAUUGAAGAGCUACACUUGAGUGACAUUGACUGGGAGGCCAUGUCUUUCAGCUCCGUUCCAUCUCCCCGAGUCCAAAACACUGAAUGUACAGCGCCUGCUCCUGCUGACCCCCUAACACCUGUCAAAGGCUGUAGUGACACUAAUAAGGUGAAGCUUACAGCCGCUGACACAGGAGCAUCGGCUGGAAUUGAACCUACAGUCUUGCACACCAUGAGAUUCCCAGCACCACAAGCUACAGUGACUCUGACGAAGUGUUCACUGAGGGAGAGAGUUCUUGCAAAGAACACCAUUGUGUCUAACAACACUCAUACUGGCACAGAGGCAACACACAUGGAUCAGUCAAAGUCCUUAAAUCCCCUUGAAUGUACCUCUGCCAACAGUAGAGGUCCAAAUACACCUCCUAAAAACAGCAGUAAAGCUAUUCUGUUACAGGAACCACAAUUGCCUGUCAGAAAACCAUCACCAGUUCGUUGUCAGAAAGCCUCUGUUAAACAAACAUCAGAUGGCCCCACCUCGAAAACAGACACAAUCCUCCAAACACUGAAAGUUAAAGGCUCUAAAGCAGCACAACAUUUAGCAGAACAAAAGUUUGUAAAAGCAAACAGAGUUCCUAAUGUGCUGCCUCAGCGAAGUAGUAGUGAUCCAAGUGGUCAGGCUGAUCAUAAAGGCAGGAGGAUGCAGGCUGUAAAGAAGAGUGUCUGUGCUAGUGUGUGUUCUUCAAGUGAGAACAGUGAUGCAGAGAAUGUACAGAUGGGAGAACAGAGAAAGACAGUCAAGUCUAAAGCUAGAAAAAGGUGUCCAUACCUCUAUGAUUAUAAUCUGAAGCCAACCAAAACUAACUCACUAAGGACAGUAUCAACCACUGCAGGCUGUGACUCACAGCCUUUGGCCUCAGAAAAAGACAAGGGCAGAUGUGCACCAGUUGAGUCAAGGGGUUGGGUAGCAGUUGGUGGUGACGAUGUGUUUAUUCAAAACCCUGUUUCUAGUUCACAGGCAAACACAAGCAAAGGAGAUGACUCUGUAAUUUCUAUUGAUAGCCCACUGCCUUUAGCAGAAAGGCUUAAACUCAAGUUUAAGUAA